GGUCACAAAUUGGAGCAUUAAUGGUGGACGGUCUAGCAGCAAUUUGUAUCAUGUUUCAAAAGAUGGGGCAGAAUAUGCUGAGCGGAAUAUCAAUGGAACAAUGGGUAACCUGCUGAACUCUUACAAUCAAAAUAAAGGAUACAUGGAUGAACCUAUCAGAAAAAGGCUGGCUGGUUCAGAUGCUCAGGAUAUUGCACACAAAAAUAUCCAUGGAUCCAUGUCAAACAUCCUUCAGGGGCAAAAUGAAAGAUCAAUUAAGUCAAUGUCUCAACCUGCACCUGGAGUACCCAGGUUAAAGACAUCAGACGCAUUAGAUAUACAAAAUAAAAGUUUAAAUGGCUCAAUGUCGGGAAUAUUAAACGUCUCUCAAGGCGGUGGCAAAGUGCCAGGAUCACAGCUGAAUCCUCACCAAGUGAGAGCAAAAUUUGCAGAUGCACAGAAUAAUGUCCAGUAUGGAAAUAACGGAACAAUUGGUGCCCUAGUUCUUAACCCAGGAUCUACAAAUGUUUGUGAUGAAAAGGGGAAAUAUGAGGAUAAGCAGAGAAGAGCUGCAGAUGCUAAGAGUGCUCCACCAGUAGAGCGGGUCAGAACAGAUGAUGCUGCCCGGAUAGCUAAACUUGGUAAAACUGGAACAUUUGGUAUCCUCAAUGGAAACUCGAUUACACCUAAUGAUGCUAAAUGCAAACAAUUCAGCAAGUCAGUAAAGCAAGGAUUUCUAGCAUCACAGCAACAACCCAAACCCCGUACACGUAACCAAGCAGCUAACAAUAACAUGAACCAUGGGAAUAUCGGGAAAUUGGGAGUUUUGCUCCAGGGCAAGCCACUGUCUAUCAACACAGAGCGGAAUAAAUAUAAUGAAGGAGUGACACGUGCGCUGAAAGCAGAAGUCGCGCAGCCUGCACCACGAGUGCGUCCAGAGGCUGCAGAAAUCGCAAAUCAGCACAAAGGCUUCAUCAAAAACCUUAUUGUUGAUGUUUCUAAUAAACCCAAACAAGUAAGAAAAAGUGCAAGUGUAGAUCAACUUAAUUAUAAUCGGAUGAAAAAGAAAGAAAAAGAAGGUCAAAAGAAAAUGCAGCCAUCAGAUUCCAAACCAUUGUGGAAGAACAGCAAAUACGAGAGGACAGAAAGCCGAUUAAAACAAUGGAUGGACGCCACCUAUGGAGCAGGAUCCCGUCCUGGUACCCCGGCUUCAAGGCCUGGUUCUGCAGGUGGAAAGAAACCUGCACCAGCAGCACAAACUAAACCUGCUGGUGGUGCUCUAAAGAAAUCAGCUUCAGAUUCAUGUUUAAAGAGGAACUUUGUAGCAGAGAAUGCGAAGAAGGCCAGAGCAGCUCCAAUCAGAGUGGAUCCUAUGAAGCUGCACGACCGAAAAGUAGCUAAGAAAAAAGAGAAUGUGAGGAAAUCUUACCAGCGCGGGACCGUCCCGGAUUAUUUAAAGGAGCGAGUAUCGCAGUGGAAGGAAGAAGAAAUAGAAAGAAUAGCUAAUCUCCCUGACCCCACUGUGCCUGAUGGUCAUGUGGUUAUGGAUCCCAAGGAGAAGGACGAAACUCUCGCUGUUCUCACUAAAAGUCGAGAGAAGCUGUUGCUACAAUUACAGAACAUGCCCCUGAGGAACGACACACUCCGCCGUCACAACACACGCAACCAACUGGAAUCUAAAAUCGGCGAAAUUGACGAUGCUAUCAAGAUAUUUUCCCGACCCAGAGUCUUCAUUAAACAAGAAUGAAAGAUUUUUGUUGUUUGGGACAGUUCCAGUUUUCAGAAAGAAUUAAAAAUAUUAAAUUAUUACUGAAGUCGUUAAUCUCAUCUGAAUUUAUUAUGACAUGUUAGUUAUUCCGGAAGUUCAGGAUCAUGAGACACUUUCUAUCGGGAUCACUCCUUUUUUUAACUUUGCGAAGAGGGAAAAGUCAUUUGCUGAACCUUAAUGGUGUGUUUGUUGUUAACUGUGAAGUUUGAUCGCAGUUUAGUGCAUAUUAUGUACAACAUAACUGCCACCAUUAUUGUGUACAAUGUAUUGGUAUACACGUGUUUAUUGUAGAAAAGCUGAUGCAUUUUUACAAAUGCCCGUUGAGAGUACCGCAAGAUGAAAUCUUUGAUAGAAGUUAGAACAUCUGAAUUUUGAUGUUGCACAUCUUUCUGACGCAGUCGAAAUAUUAAAUUUGAUAUGACAUUUUUGGACAACAGAAGAUAUUUGUAUAGAAUGCACAUUGUCAAAUUUUGUUUUACUUUUAGCAAAAUCAUUAA